AUGUUUGCUCUGUUGCUCUUGGUUCAACAUCUCUUGCUCUUGGAAGCUCUUGGAAGGGAUACAUCGAAAGAUACCUUUAUCGUCAAACAAAUCGACGUCUGUCCGGAUGUGGGUUAUUUCUUCAAACGCGAUUUGAACUCAAACACUAUUGAGCCGAGCUGCCACCUCUGCUUCUGUCAGAACAAUGGAACUGCUAUCUGUUGGUCCCGAGAAAACAGGAGAUGUGAUGAGAAACAUUACUAUCACACUGGAAAGAAAAAGACAGACGUCAGAUCCCGUCGUUCUCCAGGUUUCAGUGACGUAUUCUUUCGCGACGCAACUAGAGAUAUUUUCAACAAACAGAUACCGGAGCAAUGCAAGCCAUUCGAAUCGAGUUUUAGCGAAGGAUGUCCACCUGCUGAUUGGUGCACUGGCUGUACUGUUUGUGACUGUGAUGCCAAUGGUCGUUGGGAUUGUCACAUUUUAAGUUUUUGUCCUGACAGGAAAGAUAAGAAAGGAAAACCUAACGCUCUUAAAGCUGGAAAAGUAAUAAAUGGAAAUACUAACAGUAAUGAUAGUACCGUUAAAUUUGCUCAAACUUUUCUGAAGAAAGUUAUGGCUUCGGUCGAGAAAAUUGUGACUGAAAGUCAAAAGAAUUUAGUCAAAGCCAAACAAACGAAAAAUAUACAGAAGCGUUCUAUGUCAAAAAAUUAUAGAAAAGAUAUACAGAAAAACAGUAGUGAUAGAGAUACUAACAAAGUACAAUCUAAAAUCAUCAAUAACAUAAAUACAAAACUGCGGAAAAACUUAUCCAAAAAGAAGGCUACAGAUAAGUUAAUUAUUCAUUCAAGAAGAAAGAGAGAAAUAACAACAAAUGAAAUAAAGUCUGAGAAUAACACAUUAAAAUACUUGUCUACAAUAUCUAAUAGUUCAACUACAAGAAGAUAUGACUAUUACAAAUAUGAAAUGGAUUUGAAAAAUGUUACCCUAACAAAGCAUAAUAAUUCUAUUACAACUGAAAGAAAUGAUGAACAAUCAACUUUAAAUAACACUUUUAGUAAGACAAUAGGAAUGACGGUUAUACCAAAGGGUUUGAUUUUCAAUAAACUACAAAACUCUUUAACCUCUUUGAACACAGAAAAAAAUCGUCAAGAAAUUUUCGGAGUGAAAUCUAACUAUAGCAAUGACAAUGGUUACUAUUUUUCUUUCAAUACCACUAAUUAUAAAGAAAAUUUAACUUGUGGAAAAUUCUGUGAUCUAAAGAAAACGUUAAAAAAAUAUAUCGGAAUUUCAAACAAAAGAAAUUCAACAGAAGCUAAAAUACAACAUUUAAACAUAUUGACUAAUUUGAAAAAGAUUUUCAGACAAGUAUUCUUUAAAUCCAAAGUAAAAUCGAGAAGCUCGACGAUUGAAAAAUUACCUUUUAGGAAGCGUUACACUAUAAAAUUACUUUGUAAAAGUAUAGAUAAUUGUAAAAUAAAUCACACUACAAAGGAAUUGCAAUAUAAACUUGAAAAAUUAAGAGCAGAGGGUCUGAACAUUUUAAAGUCUGCUAGAAUAAUUAAGGGUCUUUUAAGAUUGCUCAAUAGUGAAAAUGGUAAAACUAACAGGACAUAUAUAAGCAAACAAUUUACUGACAAUGACAUUAAUAAACUUAAUUUAAUACUAACAGGUGAAUUUGAAGCUAGAUAUGGUUUAAUGAACGUAACAGAAACACAAAGAACACAAAUGAACUACAUUAAAGAAAACAUAUAUGUUUUAAUUCGUUCUAUCGAAAACUUUGCUCGUAUUUUGAAUGAUGUUAUAAAUAUUUUAGCAAAUGGAAACAGACGCAUGGUAGAACAUAGAUAUGCUGGUAAACAUAAAACUAUUAAAGAAAACAGAAACGCUAUUGUGACUGAUAAGUUAGAAAAACUAAAAAACUUAUUGACAAACUACAAUUUGGUUCAAAAUAAAUUUAUCAAAAGAAUGUACGAAGUAUUAAAUACAUUAGAAAAUAAUGGAAAAAAUAUGACAGGUCAAAUUAAAGUAAGUAAGGUGAGUGCUCAGAAUAAAAAGUUUAAUAAUACUAUUGCGAUAGAAAACUAUACAAAAAACAUAUUUGAAAAUCUCAGGAAGUUGAAAGAUCUGGUGGUAAGACUGAAUUCUAAAAAUCGUAAGAAAAGGUCAAUUAUGGACGAAGGUGAUGCUUUAGAAUAUCUUUUAACGUUAAUGGAAUACUUAUUCAAAAAGAACCAACCACUGAACGUUACACCAGUUAACGAUGGAAUCGACCUUUUAAUCGAAGCCAUUAAGAAUGCGCCAGAUAUAAAACUUACAAAAAAGAAAGUACUGAAUAAUGAUUUAACGCAAAUGAGGAAAACAAACACUAUCAUCACUGCACACGCAGAUAAUGAAAUAACAGAAAGUAAUGCCUCAUCGAGUUUAUUCGAAAAUAAAUUAAAAACAUUUGAAUCCAUCGACGAAGAACAUGAAGAAUUUAAUAAUAGCAUAAACACUAAUUUCAAUAGAAACAUUUAUCAAAACUCUAACGAUAUAGAUGACUUACAUAAAGAAUUUAACAAUGUCAAAAAAUAUGAAAUAUUCAUUGAUGAUACUGACGAAGAUGAAUCAUUUCCUGAUACGACUACUAUUAUAGUUGAAACAGAAGCUUCAAUAACGGAACCAACUCGCACACUAUCUCCAAAUAAAAAAGAAACAAAUUCAAAUGAUUAUGAAACAAACGAUUCAAAAAAUAGGAUAAAACUAGAGUGGGUUGAAGAAAACAUUAAUAACAAUGAACCAGAGAAACUAAGUCAACCCAAAGAAACUACAACUCAAAUGAGUCAACUAGUAACUAGGACAGUUAAGGCAAAUGAUAAAUACGCUGACCCUAUAAGUAGUAUGUCACAAGAAGACAGUGAAACAGGAUUUAAGAAUAAAGAAGCAGAUGAGUCAUAUAAAAGGCAAUUGAAUCUUCUUAAUUCAAUAGAUUAUGGAACUGAGAAAUCUUUUGUUGAUUCAGAAUCAAGGGAAGACAAGUAUAAUGUAGAAUCUUCUCCGUUGUACUUUGUUUAA